ACUGUUUCGUGUGUACAUCGCGAGAUUAUGAUGAGCUGCGCUUUAUUUGCGCCUGCGCAGACCGGUGGCUCUGACCUUUCUUGAAGUGAACAUGCUCGGCAGGGCCAGCGCGGCGGUGUUCCUCCCACAAUGUGGGCAGGUCAGGAACAUGGCUACCUUGAAGGACAUCACCAUUCGGUUGAAGUCCAUCAAGAACAUCCAGAAGAUCACCAAAUCCAUGAAGAUGGUGGCAGCAGCAAAGUAUUCCAGAGCUGAGAAAUCCCUGAAGCCCGCCCGGGUCUAUGGCACCGGCGCUAUGGCACUUUACGAGAAGGCUGAGAUCAAGGCUGCAGAAGACAAGAACAAGCACUUGAUUAUUGGUGUGUCGUCUGACCGUGGUCUCUGCGGUGCCAUCCACAGCAGCGUGGCCAAAGUCAUGAAGAAUGAGAUCGCCAAGCUCUCAGAUGCCGGCAAAGAGGUCAUGGUUGUCAAUGUGGGUGACAAACUCCGAGGUCUGCUGUACAGGACCCAUGGCAAACACAUCCUGAUCAACUGUAAAGAGGUGGGCCGCAAGCCUCCCACCUUUACUGAUGCUUCUGUCAUUGCCACAGAGCUGCUGGACUCUGGUUACGAGUUUGACCAGGGAGCCAUAGUAUUCAACCGAUUCAGGUCUGUGAUUUCAUAUAAGACGGACGAGAAACCUCUAUUUUCCCUGGACACUGUUGCAAGCUCAGAAAACAUGGGCAUCUAUGAUGACAUCGAUGCUGAUGUGCUGAGGAACUAUCAGGAGUUUUCUCUGGUCAACAUCAUCUACUUCGGGCUGAAGGAGUCCACCACCACUGAGAUGAUAGACAAGCUGACCCUGACCUUCAACCGAACCCGCCAGUCCGUCAUCACCAAGGAGCUCAUUGAGAUCAUUUCUGGAGCCGCUGCACUAUAAAGAGGAGCCCUGUACACGGUCAGUGUGGUUCUGGCACACGUGCUCUCCAGUUCAGUCACCUGGUGUAGAAUUCUAUUCAUAUAAAUAUAUAUGUGCUCCUGUUUGUACAAUAUUUGAGUCAAUAAACCUCUUACAGAAAAAACA